CGUCGACUUCUGCAGCAAAAUGGCGGCGUUGACAGCAGUCGUGCAGACGAACCGGUCCAGUUCUUUAUCACUGUCGAAGAAUCGAACCGGAAUGAUAACCGUAAGGCGGUUCAGACUUUUGGACUACAGUGUUCUGUUGUUGCUUUCGUUAGCCUCCGUGCUACACUGUGCCUCGGCUGACGGUAAGACGUUGGUGCUGCUGGACAACCUGAACAUCAGAGACACCCAUUCAAUCUUCUUCCGCAGUCUGGCAGAUCGCGGCUUUGACCUCACAUUUAAGACGGCUGAUGAUCCCUCUCUAUCUCUGAUCAAAUACGGACAGUUCCUGUACGACCAUUUGAUCAUCUUUUCACCAUCAGUUGAGGACUUUGGUGGAAAUAUAAAUGUGGAGACUAUCACAUCCUUCAUUGAUGGCGGAGGCAAUGUCCUGGUUGCAGCAAGUUCAGAUAUUGGUGACCCUCUAAGGGAGCUGGGAAGUGAGUGUGGCAUUGAGUUCGAUGAGGAGAAGACUGCUGUCAUUGACCAUCACAACUAUGAUGUGUCUGAUCCUGGAGAGCACACCCUGAUUGUUGCUGACCCAGAGAACCUACUGAAAGCUACCACUAUUGUUGGAAAACCCACCAAUAAGCCUGUCUUAUUCAAGGGUGUCGGCAUGGUUGCAGACCCAGACAACCCUCUUGUCCUGGACAUCCUCACCGGCUCCUCCACUUCCUACUCCUUUUUCCCUGACAGACCCAUCUCUCAGUACCCCCAUGCUGUUGGCAAGAACACCCUCCUGAUCACAGGCCUCCAGGCCAGAAACAACGCCAGAGUGGUUUUCAGUGGCUCCCUGGACUUCUUCAGUGAUGCCUUCUUCAACUCUGCUGUGCAGAAGGCCACACCAGGUUCAGAGAGGCAUGAGCAGACUGGGAACAUGGAGCUGGCCGAGGCUCUGUCUCGCUGGGUGUUCAAAGAGGCUGGAGUCCUCAGAGUUGGAGCUGUUACCCAUCAUCCUGUGGGAGAGACCACUCCCCCUGCAGCAUACACAAUCACUGACCUUGUUGAGUACAGCAUCGUCAUUGAGAUGUUGUCCGAGGGCCGCUGGGUCCCCUUCGAUGGAGAUGAUAUUCAGCUCGAGUUUGUGAGGAUCGAUCCCUUCGUCAGGACUUAUCUCAAGAAAAAUGGAGGGAAAUACAGUGUCCAGUUCAAACUGCCUGAUGUGUAUGGAGUCUUCCAAUUUAAGGUGGACUACAACAGACUGGGAUACACACAUCUUUACUCCUCCACUCAGGUAUCAGUGCGUCCCCUACAGCACACUCAGUAUGAGCGCUUCAUCCCCUCAGCCUUCCCAUACUACGCCAGUGUCUUCUCCAUGAUGACGGGACUGUUCGUCUUCAGCAUAGUCUUCCUGCACAUGAAAGAGAAGGAGAAGUCAGACUAAUUCAGAGAAACAGUGGGGGUGGGAAUACAAGAAAUAUGGAAUUGAUCUUGUGUCUUGAUGCAGUAACUUGGACUGUUUCUGUUCUGUUAUUGGGGCACUAGACUAAUUAGUGUCUAAGGUGGUCAAGAGGAACAGGAAAGAAAUCCUUGUAUAAAUUUGACCCACGGUUUAUCAAUCAGAAAAGAUUGUGGUAACUACAUGCACUGAAUAUGCCAACUGCUCAUUUGUUUUUGAUAAAACCUCGAUGUGUUUCCAAAAAACUUGGAGUCAUCGUAACAAUAAAAUAUUGACAUUCCA